AGAUUACGAUUGUUGUUGCCUGUUUGUCUUUUUUCAGAUUUCCAAUGUGACAACCAAUUUUUUUUAAACUAUGUAGAUAGUAACUAAGCCAUUUAAAUGACAUGGGUUCGCGCAUAUGUUAUUGAUAUAUUCUGGUCAGAGUUGGAUUGGAUAAAGGCCCAGAAGUUACCCUUCUCUCCAGCUAAGAUGGGAGGAGCUGUGAGCGCUGGGGAGGAUAAUGACGAGUUGAUUGACAACCUGAAGGAGGCACACUACAUCCGUUCAGACCUGGUGGAGCGGGCCUUCAGGGCCAUCGACCGGGCCGACUACUACCUGGAGGAGUACCGUGACAGCGCCUACAAGGACCUGGCCUGGAGGCAUGGCAACAUCCACCUAUCAGCCCCCUGUAUCUACUCUGAGGUGAUGGAGGCCCUGGACCUGCACCCGGGCCUGUCCUUCCUCAACCUGGGCAGUGGGACGGGGUACCUCAGCACUAUGGUGGGCCUCAUACUGGGUCCAUUUGGUGUGAACCAUGGGGUGGAGUUAUAUGCUGAUGUGAUUGAGUAUGCCUACCAGAAGCUAGACUACUUCAUCAAAACCAGCGAAAGCUUUGACAAGUUUGAGUUCUGCGAGCCUUCCUUUGUGGCGGGGAACUGCCUGGAGAUCCCCUCUGAGUGCAGGCAGUAUGACAGGGUGUAUUGUGGGGCAGGGGUGCAGAGAGACCAUGAAGAAUACAUGAUGAACUUGCUGAAGGUGGGGGGUAUUCUGGUACUGCCCCUAGAGGAGAAGCUAACCAAGAUCACGCGUACAGGCCAGAGCAGCUGGGAGACCAAAAAGAUCAUUGCUGUGUCCUUCGCUCCCCUGGUGCUCCCCAAAGAUUACACCAGUAACAUCAAAACAUCAAAGACCGCCCCACUACCCACGUUUGAGGUGCGGACGCUGCAAGAGCUGGCUCGUAUAGCCAUCCGCCACACCCUGAGAGUGACCACGGACAACAGGGGGGGUCAGCCACGAGGCCGGGGCUCUUUUGGAGGAGGCAGGGGCCUGGGGGUCAGUGGGCUCCACAAGUACGGUCCGCGUUUUAAACGCCGGCGCAUUCAUCGGCGCCACGGCAACUCUGUGGUACUGAGCAGUGCCCUCCCUACCUCCGCCCCCCUGGACAACAACAAUAACCGCGGGGGCCAGAAGGUGGAGGAGCAGGGAAGGGCAACCCGGGGAGCGGGAGAGGAGGCUGCGGCAGAGGAGGAGGAGGAAGAAGAGGAGGAAGCAGAGAGGGAGACAGGGGAGCUACUCCGGGCAGAGCCACCUAUAAACAUCUUGAGAGAGAGGAUUCUCUGUCUGCCCCUCCCGGAGCCUCUGAAGAUGUACCUGCUGUACUACCGGGAGAAAUGACUUCUCCACAGAUAGAACUAACAGCAGAAAACAACCAAGCAACCAGCCUUGGGCAUCUACAACCCCUGACCCCUACCAUUCUUCUAGGCAGGGCAACAGGCCCCCUGUUACUGACUUACUGACUGGGUCUGUAUCCCUCCUGUCCUCUACAUCAUCCUCUCUCUCUCUCUCUCUCUCUCUGUGUUUUUCUUACUCAAUGCCUUUUCUGUAUGUGUAAGAAGCAUACAUAUUUGACCAGUGUAAUGGUAAGAGUUUCACCUCUGUGAUAGAAAGGCUCCCUGGGAAUCUGUAGCUUAGCUUUCUCAAUGGCACAGAUAGCUUUCUCUGACAGCCAAACAGAUCCAUUUUAACUCCGAGAGUUGGGUGGGUGUGAGUUUGUGAUCUAUCAUUCUGUGCUGUGACUGAGCCCCGGACAUACGGUGGUGUCUGUUAUCUUGUUGGAAGACUUCUUAUUGGUCGUUACGUGCAGCCACAGGUUCCAGAGCACGUUGGUUCAGGUCUUCAAUAAAGGUAAACCACUGGAUAUUGCUUUAGAGCCUUGUGCUUCAUAAAUGGCAUAGUGUCCGAGCCGGAGGAGAAAUAGCUUGUCAUUUCAGUCGUGUCCAGAAGCCAGAGAGACUUUGUUUGGCAUAGUGGACAGGGAUUGGAGACCACACAGCUGGGAUUUUCCCUAUUAGACCCCCCCCCCCCCCCCCCCCCCCCCCAAGUUCCCAUAACAUCAUAGAUCUGUUCAGGGGAGCUGUUUGUGUGGAGUUGGAACUCUGUAAAUCAACAGAUCUUGCACAAUGAGUAUCAGGUAGGAUUCCACAGUGAGGCCAUUUUGUUUUUGAUAUUGCACAUCGUAACAUUGGUCUGAUCUGGUGUGGCUGAGUGGAGCUGGUAGAGGUGCCUGUUGAAGACGUGUGGGUGUGGAGCUGGUAGAGGUGCCUGUUGAAGACGUGUGGGUGAGUGGAGCUGGUAGAGGUGCCUGUUGAAGACGUGUGGGUGUGGAGCUGGUAGAGGUGCCUGUUGAAGACGUGUGUGUGUGGAGCUGGUAGAGGUGCCUGUUGAAGACGUGUGUGUGUGUGUGUGUGUGGAGCUGGUAGAGGUGCCUGUUGAAGACGUGUGGGUGUGGAGCUGGUAGAGGUGCCUGUUGAAGACGUGUGGGUGUGGAGCUGGUAGAGGUGCCUGUUGAAGACGUGUGGGUGUGGAGCUGCCUGUUGAAGACGUGUGGGUGUGGAGCUGCCUGUUGAAGACGUGUGGGUGUGGAGCUGGUAGAGGUGCCUGUUGAAGACGUGGUAUGUCUGAAACUGUUGACCUACAUUAUGAUGAGUGUGGUUUAGAGACGUGUGUGUAUAUAUCUAAAGUGAGGCUAUUGGUUAACUCUAUUCUGUUAGCAGGUUGACCUUGGUAGACUGGCAGUGAAGACUAGGUGUGUUUUUGAGAGUCAGCAUUUCAGAGAAUAACUGUAGUCGACACUAUGAUAUGAUUAAGUCCAGAAGACGUUUCAGAUUCAACAUGAUCAUGAGACUAAGGUUGGCAAUGCUUCUUCAAUUGUUAUGACGGAUUCUGCUCAUUUCCAGACUCAAAAGCACCUACUAGAGAUCAAAAUCUCUUUUUGUGUUUAGUAGAUUUAUUUUCCAAGAGGUCCUAUGAAUAUUUCCUAGCUCGUCCGUGUUGGGACAUUUUUAAUUGUCAAUUCGGGGGACUCAUUUUAAAUUUGAUUCAUAGGUGGAUUUAAAUUUAGUUGAAUUGCAUUAGCUUCUGAAUUUAUUGGAUAAAGGUGAAAUUGACUCUAACCCUGGCAUGUACGUUUAUCUAAAUAUGUUCAUUUGGUUUACUUCAUAAUCAAUAGUGAAAGGAUGAUGUUUUUUCCACCAAAUACUAGUUGUUUUCCUAUUGGUCGAAAACAGCAUGAUGAUGGGGGGGGGGGUAAAAAAAAAUGUAAACAAUGUUUUUUUUUUACUGGUUGAUGAUGCCAAUGAAUUUUGUUGAUGUGUGAAGGGUUGCUUAUCUUUUCUCCUGUCAUUCAAAACUAUUUGUUUUGUUAGUGGAGUUUUGUGGUGUUCAUCAACACAUGGGACAUUGUUUUGUGUGUAGUAUUUGGUUUGUAAUGCAACAGGAAAAUGUAAAAACGGACUAAAAUAUAAUUUUUUUAAAGAUCUUAAUCGCUACAGAUAUUCCACCCUUUUUCAUCUCGACUCCGAAACUUUCACCCUUCAGUGCCAAACCUACAGUAUGUCGCAUGAAGCUUGCAUUCUAGUUAAAAACUAUUCUGAUUUGUCCUUUUUUAAUAGAACAUUUGGAAAGAUAAUGCUUUCUCAUUGAUCAAAUUAUCGAUCAAUCUUUACAGUGACUUGGUCGUCUGACUGUGUAACAGUACACGUCUUGAGUUCUGUCAUGUUCAUUUUCAAUAUUGUGGUAGAUGACCAAGUCUUUCCCAAUCUGCCUUUUAUUCUGUGCUGUAGAAGCAUUCCUUUGGUUUCCUUUGAAUAUAGCUUAUUUUUUUUUUGGUUCUGUCGAAGGUUAUCAUUUUGUGAAUGUAUGUUUUGGAAUUUGAGCUGUACUAUUGAAUGCUGUUAAUAAAAUCCUUUAUGCAAAGUU